AGUUAUAGUCCAUGCACAUCCUUGCCGGUCCGUAGGGAACGAAGUUAAGUGCAGCUCACUUGGGUACUCCACUUUGUGGCCCUGAUUGGAUAAAAGGGGCCCAGACCACGCCUGCUCAGUAGUGGGUCAUAUUUACAUGUUGGGCCAGGAAGUACAGUAGGCCAACUAAUGAGGACAAGGGGCGCUGGAAAUCAUUAACCUCUGGUGGAUUUACAACGCCGAUUUCCAAGGGACAACAUGAGCUCGUAUUUAGACUUCUACUCGGAAGGCGACAUGAUGCCAUUGCCUGUGAAAUUCUGUCACGACGAACACAAACCAGGGACACUUCAGUACCACGGGGAGAUAGUUGGGAGACUUUCGUCAGGUAUGCUGGACCACCAGAGCAGCAGUCGGUCGAUAUCAGGAGGAGUGCAUCAUCAAGGUGUGUUUAAGGUGCCACGCGAUAGCGACGCAUCUGUAUCUGAUGGCAAUUACGUGGAUCAGGGACUUGCUUAUAAUUUGGCGUAUGGAUGCUACAACGACGUGGAACAGAACAGGGUGCAUACCCAGUGCGUGAACCCGGCAUAUUCAGGAAACGGUCCUUUCCCCAGCCAUCCCACAGAGACCUACUACCACGAUAUUAGAGAAACAAACCAGCAGUGGCAGAGCAUAAAGAUAUCGCGAGGAUUCGUCAAUGCCAGUCAUCAGAAUGCAUCACCAUCCCAUGAGAAUUGUCCAAGAACUGGUCCUAGGCAAGAGGAGCCGCAAGUUUUGGCAAAUACAUUUGACUGGAUGAAAAUCAAAAGAAGCAACCCCAAAAUCAGUAAAGCUAUUGAAUAUGGAUUAUCGAACGCCGGAUCAAUUCCAAGAACAAAUUUCACAACCAAGCAGUUAACAGAAUUAGAAAAAGAAUUUCAUUUCAACAAGUAUCUCACCAGGUCAAGAAGGGUUGAGAUAGCCCAUAGUUUGCACCUGAAUGAAACCCAGGUGAAAAUAUGGUUUCAAAACAGAAGAAUGAAACAAAAGAAGAGAGAGAAAGAAGGCCUUACUGGGAUGUGCGUGCCUCCCAUAUCGAAGAACUCGGACUCGUCCCCAUCAUCAGAACUCAACUCUCCAGUUUCAUCCCCUCCCUGCUCCCCCAUCACGCUCUCCCACAGCGGAUAACUGGAUGGGGUUGAGCACAUCAUUGUGGUUGACUCAGAUUUCUGUUGUCACCUUAGGCUUUUCUUAUCUGUUGUAAAUACGAUACACUCACUAAUUGCACUAAUGUAUUUUAUGACAUUAAGAAUAAACACUGAGCAUUUUGUUCAGUUAUCCGACGGAGGGAAAGUUCCAAAAUGUUGUGAAUGAAAUUGUUUGUGAAGUUUCAAUCAAGGGCCACUGUUUGUGUCUUGACCUAUAAUUGCCUUACUUAUUGAUGACUGAUCGAAGCGUUACACUGAAUUAACCAAAUAUUAAACCAAAUGCCUUAUUAUAUAAAGAUUAUGUUUAUAAAAUCAAGUGUGAAUCAGAAGUUUGCAGGGGGAAGCCCCGAAGUGUUAGAAGUGAUGCAAUUGUUAAUAAAAUGUCAAUUAAGUUUACGUCAUUCUCAAACUACUCUCCGACUUCUAUCAUGAGCUAUACAGUCUUUUUUCUAACUACCCAUGUACUGUAUGUCUAUGUUACCCUGAAUUAACCAAAUAUUUUCUAUUUAAAAGUCAUGGUGUAAGGUUGUGCUCAGGAUAUUUAUUCAGUCUGCUGAAGAAUGCACUAACGCUCAGGUUUAAAUAUACGAUUGUUGAGUAUAAUAGCAUCAUUGAAGAGUCACUGCAGUCAUACCAUUUGAAGUGACAGCAAUUAAUAAAAUACAUAUAACUCAUAUCGACAUUUUAUCAUGUUGUAUUUCGUCUCAGAUUGAAAACACACCUUUCACGAAUGUCAAUUUUGCAAAUGGUUUGUCCAUUUUCAACUACAAACAAAGUUCAGUGUGUGUCAAAAUUCGUUACAAACCUGUACUGUGUUGCUCACGCAGAGUUUGUGUGGCAAACGCAUUACAACUAAAGGCUAAUGUUAGGACUACACCCCCUACCCAUCUUUAAUUUUACAAUGAAAGCUUCUGACCCUUGUCAGAACAACAUAAAGUCUUUGAAAGUCUUUGAUUACUAGAGUUGUGGUAAGGAUUAAGCUACCUAGAAUUAACAUGCAAACACUGAGGGAAAAGUGGUCGGCAACCCAGGGUUUUCUUCAUAGCCACAUUUACCCUCUUUGAUAUCCAGUACUCAC